AAUCUUAGCGUAGGACAACCACGCCGUCCUUGACUACCUUGUUAGCUGCCAGAGUUUGCAAAACAAAUUAUUUUGCAGCAUUAGGAGCAGAACCACAGACUUUCCAAUCCCAGGCUGGGUUGUUUAUUUCAGCCCUUCAGGUGUUUCUACAAUUGCCCUUUAUAUAUUUCAACUCUGCUUGUUUGGCCCAUGGGACUCUGUUCAGUUUUCUCUUUUUCAUAAUUUGAGUUUUCUACAGCUUGUAGAGUGUGUUUCUUGGGACUAGAGAUGGAAUGCAGAUAGAACACCUAGUGGGGGUGUGUCAUGAUUUUGACAUCCUGUUUACUGUUCCAUCUCAGAAGCAAACAUUUGAAAAUUGAUUGCCUUUAGUCACUGAAAGCUGCUUGCCUGUUGCCAGGUGUACUAUUAUUAUACCAGACCCAUGGAGAGUUUAACAGAGAAACACCUGGGGUCAGGGUAAAACCACUAAUGAAAGAAUCCCUUUGUCAAUAAAAGGUAACACACAUGCACACAAACAUACUGAGUUGAUUUGCUGAGGUUCUCUUUGAUGAUCCUCACCAGGCACCCCCCAGAGGUGAAGUCACUGCAGGGAAUCCAUGGACAUGGUUGGCUGUGUCAACCUUAGUCAUCUGGACCCAGAUGGUCCAUCUAAGGACAUUCUGACCACGUCAUGCUGAAGCCUUAGUGGGUUUGCCACAGGGUCAUGGUUCCUGCAGGCAGAUGAGUGGAUAAGAUUAGCCCUGUCCCUUUUCAUGCCACUGUCAUCGGCUGCCCUAGCUUUGGUGGUAGAUGACACAGCAGAGCUGAUUUUAGCAGCCCUUGAUUUUUAGCAUGCCAGACCCCCGUCUUAAGAAUGCCACGUUGCACUCAGAGACCUGAGUCCUGGCGGCUAUUUUUCCCCCUUGCCCACGUGAAAAAAGCCUUUUGUUUACCAGCUUAAUGACCUGGUGUCCUGAAACAUGUCUCACGGUUUGUGCUGCUUCUGAGCACAGAGAACUGAUCGCAUUAUGCCCUGCUUCUUCCCCCUCUGCCCCUCUCCCCUUCCUCUCACCCCCCCACCUUCGGCGUCCCCCACCUCUGCCCGUCCCCACAGCAGCCUGAACAGCGUCAACAGCAGCGACUCCCGGUCCAGCGGCUCCCACUCGCAUUCCCCCAGCUCGCAUUACCGCUACCGCAGCUCCAACCUGGCCCAGCAGGCGCCCGUGAGGCUCUCCAGCGUGUCCUCCCAUGACUCGGGAUUCAUAUCCCAGGACGCCUUCCAGUCCAAGUCACCGUCCCCCAUGCCGCCAGAGGCCCCCAACCAGAACUCGUCCAGCUCGGCCUCCUCCGAAGCCUCCGAAACCUGCCAGUCAGUGAGCGAGUGCAGCUCUCCCACCUCAGUCAGCUCGGGCUCCACCAUGGGCGCCUGGGUGUCCACAGAGAAGUUGUCUAACGGGUUUUCUCACUGUAGUUUAUCAAGUGAUUCCCACGUGGGGCCCGUGGGUGCAGGCCUUUUCCCCCACUGCCUGCCUGCCUCCCGCCUGCUCCCUCGGGUCACCUCUGUCCACCUUCCAGACUACGCUCAUUAUUACACCAUUGGGCCCGGCAUGUUCCCGUCAUCUCAGAUCCCUAGCUGGAAGGACUGGGCUAAGCCGGGCCCCUACGACCAGCCUCUGGUGAACACUCUGCAGCGCCGCAAAGAGAAGCGUGAGCCGGACCCCAACGGGGGAGGACCCCCUGCCGCGGGCGGCCCGCCUGCCACUGCUGAGGAGGCUCAGAGACCGCGGAGCAUGACUGUGUCUGCUGCCACCAGGCCUGGUGAGGAGAUGGAGGCUUGUGAGGAGCUGGCCCUGGCCCUGUCGCGGGGCCUCCAGCUGGACACCCAGAGGAGCAGCCGGGACUCGCUUCAGUGCUCCAGUGGCUACAGCACCCAGACGACCACCCCGUGCUGCUCUGAGGACACCAUCCCCUCCCAAGUUUCAGAUUAUGAUUAUUUCUCCGUGAGUGGUGACCAGGAGGCAGAUCAGCAGGAGUUCGACAAAUCCUCCACCAUUCCGAGAAACAGUGACAUCAGCCAGUCCUACCGACGGAUGUUCCAAGCCAAGCGCCCAGCCUCGACCGCUGGCCUCCCCACCACCCUCGGACCUGCUAUGGUCACCCCAGGGGUUGCAACCAUCCGCCGGACCCCUUCCACCAAGCCUUCUGUCCGCCGGGGGACUAUCGGAGCUGGCCCCAUCCCCAUCAAGACACCUGUGAUCCCUGUCAAGACCCCGACCGUCCCAGACCUCCCUGGGGUGUUGCCAGCCCCUCCAGAUGGGCCAGAGGAGCGGGGUGAGCAUAGCCCCGAGUCGCCAUCUGUGGGUGAGGGCCCCCAAGGUGUCACCAGCAUGCCCUCCUCAAUGUGGAGUGGCCAAGCUUCCGUCAACCCUCCACUUCCAGGCCCGAAGCCCAGUAUCCCCGAGGAGCACAGGCAGACGAUUCCAGAAAGCGAGGCUGAAGACCAGGAAAGGGAUCCCCCAAGUGCCACUGUCUCCCCAGGCCAGAUUCCAGAGAGUGACCCUGCAGACCUGAGCCCGAGAGAUACUCCACAAGGAGAAGACAUGCUGAACGCCAUCCGAAGGGGCGUGAAACUGAAGAAGACCACGACAAAUGAUCGCUCGGCCCCUCGCUUCUCUUAGGCUCUCUUAGUCUCACAAGAAACGCUGCCAGUGGGGAAUGAACUGUUUAAUUAAUAAAACCUAAUUUGUCUUGAUCCAUUCCAAUCUAUAAUCAAACAAAAGAUUUUGUAGGCAACUCAGAAUACAGCUCUUUUGAAAGUACUCAACACCUUUAGAUAAGAAUUAAAAGCAACAUAUGUAACUGACAUAAUCUUGAUCUUUUAAUUUGUAAAUAUUGACAGUUUUCUUUCUGCACAUUUUAAUCUUAGUUUCCCUUUUGAUUUUUCUGAAGGUGCCAAAUUCCAUUUAACUUUUUUACAAGUCUUUGUAAAAUUUUAAAUGCAUAAGGGAGGGGGGUUGGGGUAGGGGAACCAUGAAGUAGUUAAUUUCAGAAAAGAAUUUACUAUACUUCACUCUCUUUUUUUUCCGCAAGCUUUUGUAGAUGCAUUGUAGUAGUCUAGCUUAGAAGCAAAUUCAAGUUAUUUUAAUGUACAAACAAAAUGGGUAAGAGGUAAAACCCUCAGUCAAUAUACUAUGUUCUGAGGGGAAAAGCAGGAGUAACAGUUGAUGAGCAAUAUUCAGAGUGAAGUAAAUCUGGAAAUGGUAGACUGUGUUGGGAUUGGGGGGAGGGCCAUGGGAGGGGCACACUGUCAACAUAGCCGAUCCUGUCACAUUUAAGAGUAGCCUCGUAGGUUGAAUUUCUAGUAGCUUCAUGGUAAAUGCAUCUGAAUAAGCCAUACUGGAUUGCAGUGUUUGUUUCUGUAGGGUGUUUAAGGACUUCCUUUCUCCCACGAUUCCUCUUGACUGCACACAGCACCCACCUCCAAUCCCGUGCAUGCUGCUGCCACUGGGUAGACGUAGAAUGCCCCACCUCAGUUUCUCGUUGAUCGUACUCACUUUCAUUGAAUCCAAAUACAUCCAAAAGGGUAAGGCAGUUUAAAAAAUGUGAAAACAUUUUAAAAUGAUAGCAGGGAAUUCUUAAGAUAUAGCAAAUGCCUUUUACUUAACUGUGCCCAGCAGGCUGGGUGCGUUGAAAAGCCCAAAUAUUUUGAAAAAACUCGAGUGGAUUUAACAAGGGUAACCAGCUUAGAGUCCAGCAACUUGCCAAUGUGUUUACCAAUUUAGGGGCUUGUUUUUCUUACCUUCUUUUAAAUCAAUAGCAGUUAUAAUUGGCUUCAUAUUAAACACUGAAGAGAGGGGGAUUUGUUUGUCACUGGGAAUCUUGACCACUAUACUGUCCUUUUUUUUGUAUUCUAGGUAAUGUUUUUUGGAAUGGAUUUGUCUUUUCUUUUUUAAGUGGAAGUUAAAUUUGUUAUAAUACCCAUCCCUUAAAGCCAACAGAGAUUUGUAGAUUUAAAGGGAUCACCUUUGGAGAAGGCAACAGUGUUUAAAAAAAGAAAGCAAGCCCUCUUAGCAGUUGUGUCACCCAUUGGUGACCAUACUUCUCGAGGACGAUGAGUUUGGUGGGUCCCACAACCCUGCAGAUUUCUGUUGGCUCUGAUCCUCAAUGACAUAAUCUUAUGCUUUAAUACAUAACCGCAUUGGAUGUGAGAGUAACGUACCUGUAUAGUCACUGUUCUAUAUAUUAACAUUUAACACUGCUGUGAUUGCUCAAGGACAUUUUAUGUUAUGGCUUUAAAGCAAAGGCAUGAUUAUUAGAAACUAUUUAAGCUUUUUUCUUUGAAAAACAAGCUCCUUUUACAGAAUAUAAGCAACAGUAGUGCCUGUGGUUUAGCCCACCAAUCUUGAUGACUAAAAGUAGCUGAUGCAUUGUGCAUAUGAUGCUUGAGAUGGUUUUUGCAAAAGCAGAAAUCGCUGCAAGGUAAUCACAAUAGAUAAAAGUGGUAUUUUAAACCUUUUGAAAUAAAUGGAUGUAACUGUACCUUGGUACAGCUUUUCACUUGUUUAGUUUUUAAACGUUAGUAUAAUCGGAAUAAAUAUAAAAUGUUGCCAAAUUCAAUGUAGAAAGAAUGUGACAAGACACCUUGGGUAGUUCUGUUUGUGUUUUUGCAUAUUGUAAAAGCAGUGUCACAGCUAAAAAUAAAGAAAUCCUUUCUAAAGGUAAAUUAUUGUGGUUUAGUUGCUAGUUUGUACUGAGAGUUGACCUCUCCCUGUGCAGUUUUUUGUUCUAAACUUGUAUAAAUAACAAUUGUGUAAUGUGUCUCCCUUCUACAUUGUAACAAUUGCUUCAGCCCACGUUAUAAAUAAAGAACCACUA